AUGGUUGAUUAUGUGGAACCUGGUAAUAGAUGUGUCUUGGAACUUUAUUGGCAAUCCCAUUCUGAGACAGAAAUUGAAUGUAACGAUCAUAAUAUUCAUUCAAAAAUGUUUGAUGGUAUUACUAGAGAAGGUGUUACUGGUAUAAAGAUGUCUCAAAUCAAUGUUUUGGAUAUAUUACCUUUAAUGUCCUUGAUCACUAUUCUCACGUGGUUUUCUAUUAGUUCUAUCAAGAAUUAUUUUAAUGGGGGUUUAACCACCUGUGACGCUAAUAUCUUAAAUUUCAUCAGGCAACAAUUUACCAAAGAAAACAUCUUAUAUGAUUCUAAGCUCACUGAAGGACUUGCUAAACUGAUCACCAAACUUAAUGCACGUGAUGCUAACUUCACUGCGGAGGCGCAGAGAAUCUUGUCGUUGAUUAAUUCUUUUACCAUGAGACUUGAUGAAAUUGAACAACUCAAGUACGUUGUCAACAAAUCCAAUGAGGCAACAAUUCAUUCUGAUCUUAUUGGAGAAAGACGGCACCAGAUUCUGGAAGACGAAUUAAAAUCCAAGAGAAAAAUUUCCUCUUCUUUAAUUAAUGAAGUCACAUCAACACAACCUACAAAAAAGCAAAAGCAAUCAGAUGUCAAACCAGGGAUUGGUGACGAAGGAUUUGAGGAUGUGGUUGAUAUAAAAGUUAUAAAGAAAAAAAAGAUUGAUGAACUUUUUAAAGACAUGAGAAAUCACAAUAUAUAUAUAUUAUGUGAACCAUUCAGAUCAUUGUUAGAAGCAGAUGCAGAAGACUUGUUUGAGGUGAUUGUUCGUGACACUGUUGUUGAGAUUGAUAUCCCAGAAGAUAUCAAGGAAUAUCUAUGCAAUUUGCUUAGUGAAAGCAUUGAAAGUGCAUUGUCAAAAGUAGAAAAACCACUUA